GUCGGUGCUGCGUCAUUUUUACCCCGAGCUCACCGAUAAUCAGUGCAUAUCUGCGCAGUGAUUCGCGCCCGUGAGGUUCUCGAGCCGCACAAUGUGGAUACUGACGCAAGGAUUGCAAAACCUGGCUGCAUCAACAAGAACUGGCCAGCAACCUGAUUCAAACCAAGCACCAGCACCGUCAUGUGGCAUCCGGGUCAUGAGUCUCGUCGCUCUUCUCGACAACUAAAUCGAACACAGCAAAUCAGCUGCAUUCCACCAAUACAACCUACCUGAAUAAACAGAAAACACAGCAGCAAAUCCUCAUCUGCCUGCAGCCACAAUGCCUGGGCGCAUAGGGCCAUACCAGUACCUUGCCGACCUGGUAAUCAUGCACUACCAGAACUCAGCCAGCAACUACGGCGGCGACAAGCAACAGCAGCGCAGGUGUCUGGUGGCCGUGGGCGGCGGGCUGGGCAGCGGCAAGACGACCAUCUCGGGACACGUGCGCGACCGGCUGGACGAGCAAGGGUACAGGUGCCAAGUCGUCAACGUCGAGGGCUUCCUGCGGCCGCGGGCGGAGCUGUCGGAGGAGCAGCUCAAGCAGCGCGGGGCCAUCGACACGAUGGACGGCGAGGCGGUGCUGCACAUGGUGGAGGAGGUGCGCGACAGCCGGCCGGGCGAGGACGUCAGGCUGCCCGGGUUCGACGAGCACUCGCGCGAGGCGGUGCCGGGCGGCCAGGUGAUCCGGCCCGAGACGCAGGUGGUCAUCAUCGAGGGGACGUACGUGCUGGCCAACGCGCAGCCGUGGAGGCGGAUCGGGGCCCUCGUCGACCAGAGGUGGUUCGUCUUCGUGAUGCCCGAUGUGGCGCGCGAGCGGGGGGCCAGGAACUACAUUGACAAGGGGAUCGUGGGGAGCGAGGAGGAGGCGCUCAGGAGGUACGACGAGAUCGGGGUCUACACCAACAAAUAUGUCAACAAGCACUCGUGCCGGGUGGAUGUGGUUGUCGAGAACAACGACGAUACCGUGCCGCUCACGGGCUAAUUGGUUUCCGCCCGAGUUUUCCUCGACGCCGAUGGCCGGAUUCUGGGCAUGGGCGUGCAGUCAGUAUCAGUGGUUCACCUCCGCCAUGCUAACGGCGUAUCUGGGCAACGUUCCGUCCUGGAGGCUGACAUUCCGUGGUCUUGUGGGGCUUGAAAGCCCUACAAUCGACAGGCCGACACGAGUCUUUCGGAAGACCCUGUGGCGGAGGACUACUAGUAGGAAGUCUACGAGGCGUUCUGGGGCUAACCGAGAUUUUGGGAAAUUGUAGCUGUCGAUGCAGGUCGCGCUGUGCCUCACUGGCUCCGGUGCGUACCCAUUGACGCGAGAGAAGGCGGAAGAUGCAGAUUUCGGACGGUCAAAGCGAUAGGAUUUAGGAUGGAAAUGGUUAUGGCGUUAGGGCGUUGAGGAGAGAUAGAGGCCAUGUUUAGAAGCAAGAAUUGCCAGGCGAGGCUGCUUUGGAAA